UCUCCUCCCUUCUCCCUCAAACCAUCAAUCACUUCAAUUUUCUUUCCCCUUUUACCAGCAUAUGUCUCAGAGACCCAACGUCCCACACUUCUCCUCCGUCGCCUUCGGCCUCCAUUCCCAUCUCCUGGUUUCCAGUGAGAUGUCCUCUAAUUCCAACUGGUCUUCUUCUACUUGUACCUUGUAGCUAUUCCACCACCUAGUCUUUUUCCUUAAAUACCCCACAAAAUAAAAAUUAAAAAACACACACACACACUAAACCCAAACAAACAAAGAGAAGAAAGGAAUCAAGAAAAACGCUACUCAUUUUUUCUGAGUUCAACAAAAGAAGAAAAUAUGGGUUUGAAAGGCUUUCUUGAAGGAGGCAUAGCUUCAAUAGUGGCUGGAUGCUCCACCCACCCGCUGGACCUCAUCAAGGUCCGAAUGCAACUUCAGGGAGAAUCCCCCGUCCCCAAACCGGCUGCUCAAGCGCUCCGACCCGCUCUAGCCUUCCACCCUGCAGCUGGUCAGGUUUCUCAUCAUCACAUUCACGUCCCUUCUCCAUCUCUUCCUCCUCCGCCGCCCCGCGUGGGACCCAUUGCCGUGGGAGUCAAGAUUGUCCAGCAAGAAGGGGUCGCCGCGUUGUUUUCCGGCGUCUCCGCCACCGUCCUCCGCCAGACUCUUUACUCCACCACCCGCAUGGGACUUUAUGAUGUUCUGAAGCAAAAAUGGACCGACCCACAUACCAACAAGAUGCCUCUGGAAAGAAAAAUCGCUGCUGGGCUCAUCGCCGGGGCGGUUGGAGCGGCCGUCGGGAACCCCGCUGACGUGGCCAUGGUCCGCAUGCAAGCCGAUGGUCGGCUCCCGGUGGAUCUGCGGCGCAAUUACAAGAGCGUGGUUGACGCGAUUGGUCAAAUGGCUAAAACCGAGGGAGUUGGCAGCCUGUGGCGCGGUUCAUCCCUUACGGUGAACCGCGCUAUGGUGGUGACGGCAUCACAGCUGGCAUCAUAUGAUCAGAUCAAGGAAUCGAUAUUGGAAACGGGUCUGAUGAAGGAUGGGCUUGGGACCCACGUGACUGCCAGCUUCGCCGCGGGGUUCGUGGCGGGUGCGUCGAAUCCGGUGGACGUGAUCAAGACUAGGGUGAUGAACAUGAAGGUUGAACCGGGGAUGGCCCCACCUUACAGUGGAGCCCUGGAUUGUGCUAUGAAAACUAUCAGGGCUGAGGGCCCACUGGCCCUUUACAAGGGGUUUAUUCCCACAAUCUCAAGGCAGGGACCAUUUACUGUGGUGCUCUUUGUAACACUGGAACAAGUCCGGAAAUUGUUCAAGGAAUUUUGAUUUUUGAGGAUGAUGACGAAGAAAUUAGAAUAAAAAGAAAAUUAUGUUUCUUCUUUUAUGUUCCUGAGAUCUGGGAGUUUGAAUAGCAAGAAAUCUGUCAGAUGCUCAGGUCCUUUGAUUUAUAUUAAAUGGUUAAUUUUUUUUAAAUU